AUGGAUACGGGACAUGGGACCUUCCUCAUGUCAAUCAAUCACGUACCUCUGCUGGAUCUAAUAACUCCCCCUGCCGCCUUUCUGGGUCCCUCCAGUCUCAGUGCCGUUCUUGCCCUCGUUGGAGGUGAUGGCCGAGUCUCUCGUCCGACAGAGUGCGUGGUGGACAACGACUUCGUGUUGUCGGGAGACAAUUGCAUUUCGGACCCCGCUUCCUGCAGCGACAGUGGUUUCUCCUUCUCCUUCUUCUUCAAGGAAAUCGUAUAUUGGAAUGAUGAAUUUGCGACCAAACCAUCAACGGAUUUCCCCAAAGCGUACCUCAUCAGCACAGGGGGAGAUGAGCUCGGACACCCGGGAUUGGCCAUCUAUCGUCAAGGCAUGGAUCUGGUCGCUUCUUUGACCUUGAAGGACGGCACGGUCUACGAGAUCAGGACCAUCUACACGCUGUCGAACAACACGUGGAACAACGUCGCCAUGCGUUGGCAGAAUCCCUUAAACGGGAGUGCCGGGUUGGAGCUGGUGAUAAACAUGCAGGAGUCGGCGGCUCUACGACAGCCGACGAGGAAGGUCUCGCCCAAGAACACCCUGAACCCCCCGACCCUCAUGAUCGGAUGCCACAAGACGGCCGACAACCCCACUUACAGAGAUUUCGGAGGAGGACAGUUCGACGAACUCGCCGGCUGGAGGCACUACAUCCCUCAGUCGCGAGUCAAGAUGUUCCUGGGCGGAUACGUCGAUCGAAAUCAUCAUGGUCGUGUCCUUGUCCUUUCAGAGUCGCAGUUCAACGACAGGAGCGUGGAUGACGUCAUCGCAGCACUCAAAACGGCGGAUUUGAGCAACCAGGCAGUUCAAGAUUCAGCAUGGAGACUCUUGGAAUCUCAGUCCAACUCUCAACUGGUGGCGCCUAAAGUGGACCCCAUGGUGGCCCAGGUGACAGGCGCAAAGGUCGACACGCCCGCGCAAUCCUUGGAGAAAUUCCUCGGCGUCGUCCAGCAGAUCACCGACAGCAAAUACAUCGCCCCCAACUAUACCGAAGACGCCUUCGCCAAGCGAAUCCUGGCGGCGGCGGCCGUGUCGGACAACCUCAUGCACUCCAACAAGGAUGCGUGGGACGAGAUCGCGAAAACGGGGUACAAGGCUGGCAUGAUCGGAUUGGUCAACGACUUCACCAAAUAUGCCAUGAGCACCCUGGAUGCCCUCAGUCUGCCAGACAACAAGGAGCAAUAUUCCCUCAAUCUCCCCCUGGACACUUACGUGUCGCAGUUGCUUAAGAUCCGUCGAGAGGAGUUGGAGAAGCAGGCCACGUUCACGAUGCCGAAUUACAGCGACCCUCUGUGGGAGAAAUCGGACAGCAACGGCCGGUACGACGCAUGGGGAGAUCCCAAGGACACCGUUACUAUGCCGACGAGCAUCCUCCGCUAUUGCUAUGACAAAGGGCCGAUCAACAUCGUGAGCAGCUAUUACAAAAACCUGAACAAUUUGACGGAUGCGUCCAAGGUCAACCCAUUGAAUAUUCCGUCGGGAGGGCUGCAGCAGCUGGACAGUCGGAUCCUGACGCUGCAGGCGCAGCCGAGCACCGACGCGACGAAACUGAGCAAGGACUGCGUCAUCCACCCGACCGACCUGGCGAACAGCGGCGGGAUCAUCAUCAACCUCCAACACCUGGACCCCGAGCCGGCCAAGAUCAGGAAGCUUCUCUUCCAUACCGAAGAUGACGGUUACCACAUCAUGGUCCGGCGGUGCGUGCGUUUCAACGAGGAAUAUCUCAACUACGGGGUCUGGGACUCUUCAAACUGCGUCGUUUUGGAUACCAACGCGGUUGAAACCAAGUGUCAAUGUCAACAGUUCGGCAUGUAUGCCGUUCUCUCCCAGCGCAUCCAGCAAUACCUGAUACCAGUGGAUCCAACAUGGCUGACGAUCAUCCGAUACGUCGGAUUCAGUCUCUCCGUUCUCUGCCUCGUUAUUCUCAUCCUCGUCGUCGCCUGCAACCGGGAGCACCUGUGGGAACAGUUCCACCUGAUGCGGAUGAACAUGGCGAUCGCCUGCACGUUCGGGACGGUGGCCAUGCUCGUCGGCGACUUCGUCCGGGACGACAGACACGGGUGCACUGCCGUUUCCGUUCUUCUUCAUUAUUUCUACACUGCCGUUGCGGCUUGGCUCGCCAUGGAGUCCUUGGCGGGCUUCCUGGCCAUCAACUAUGGGAUCGUCGGAGGACUUUUCAAGCCGUACUUCGCUUUCUGCUGGGGUUUGCCUUUGGUUUCGGUGGGGACGGCAUUGUUGAUGGACAUGAUGAGAUACGGGACGGACCUUCGUUGCAUGAUCUCUUUCGACAACGACAUCAAGCUCAUUUUCUUCGGGCCCCUCAUCGCCUUCGCCAUCGUCGGCUUCCUGCUGGCCGCGAUCGUCGCUUGCAACCUGACGGCGCCGAGGCUGAGGAAAGAUAACACCAUCGCGGAGUUGGUGCCGGUUUGCAAGGGGCUCGUCGUCGUGCAGUUCUACUUUGACGUCACUUGGAUCUUUGGGGUCGUCGCGUAUUUUCACUUCAAUUGGUCGGAUCAGCAACCCAGCUUCUACCCUCUCUUCCAGCUCCUCAAUGCCUUCACGGGUGUCCUCAUUCUACUCUUCAUGGGUUUCUACUCGCCGAGGUUCCGAAUGGUCUUGACGGGGGCAGCGGAGAAAAGAAAAAUGCUUCUCCUGGCGAACAUGCUGAGAGGGUCCAAAGGAGAUCGACUCGACGAAUCGGAAACGGCGUCGCCUCAAAGUCGACGAAGAGACUCGGAGGACGAGGACUAUGCGGAAUUUGACAGACCCGAAACCGGCCGGAGGGUCUUCAUCGCGGCCUGAUCUCUCUCCCUUUUUUUUUUUCCUUCUUCUCUUACCUUUUUUUUUGCCUUCUCUUCGCGAGUGAGAAUCGUUUUCUUGAGUCACGGUGAGAUGGGGGAAUUUCAGCAGGCCUGAAUCGUGUUUCUUUUCUCUUUCUAGGACGAGAGAGGUCGAGCUCUGACGGCUCUGUCCUUCUCUUUUCCUCCUUGCACAUUUCCGUCAUAAAUGCACAAUGAGCAGCAACGAA